AUGGAGGCAAUUCGGGAGGAGCAGCUGAGGCAGAUUCACGCUGAAGCUCGCGCACAAGCUGAGCCGGCUGGGCGGACAGCCUACCACGAUCAUCUUUAUAAUGGCCCGGCUGGGAUGGAAUUCGAGUGCACCGACCCUGGCAUUCGGAGACGUGCUGCAUGUCACCACGACAUGUCCCCCCAGAUGGCGGCGCAGAAUCAGUCACGCUUCAUGGGAUAUCACCUGCCACUCUCGCAAAACCAGCAGCAAAACUACCUGACAACCUACACUGAGGAAGUCUAUCACACUACACAACCUCAACGCAUGAGCCAGAGCCACUACGCUCAGCAGGUCUAUCAGGCUCAGCCACUCCAGCACUCUAACCCUGCUCAACGGUAUGGGCAAUACGAUCAAGCCCAGCAACUGGGUCAACAGUUCCAACCCGGUCUCCCAACGAGCCAGCAACAGCGACCUGCCAGCUGGCAUUCAUCGACGAAUAUGCCAACACCCCCGGUGGAUUUCGCGUAUGUACCUCAAUGGCCACCCUUGGCGACGCAAUAUGGCCAGCAGGGGAGCUAUCAGCAGGACUAUCAACAGAGCUACCAGCCUACCUAUACUCCGCGCUCUCCACAGUUUCCUAAUUAUUCGGUCCCGGCCGCAUCAUCACCGGAAUUCUCUCCACCAUCUCCCAUUAUGAGAAAUGUAUCGACGAACCAGUCACCGUUGGCAAUGCAGCAACGCAAUCAGCAGAGCUAUCUGGCCGGCUACACUCCCCGAUCUCCGCAGCUCCCUUGGUGGUUGGUCCAGGGCGCACCUUCACCAGAAUUCUCUCCGCCGUCGCCCAUGAUGAGAGCUGGAUCGAUGGACUGGUCGCCUUUGGCAAUGAGCCAGCGCAGCGCUUCCAUUGAAAGCGAUCCGCCUACACCUUCUGGCUUCUCCACGCAACCGUCACAGCCAGCUGCUCCUGAGCCGGCCAUCCAAGUGGUGGACGAGCCAGAAGAAGAGGGGGAAGUCUUGAUCGGGCUGGGUCUCUACGACACUCCCGGGAAAUAUGCCGAGGACUCAUCCUUUUCAUUUCUGGGAAUGCCAGCGCUUCCUCGAGAGCGCACUAGCCAGAGCUUGAAACUGGCGGAGGGAUGGACACCUCCUGACCUUUCUGAGAACGAGGAAGGCGAGGAAGAGGAGGCGGAGGAGGAAGAAGAAGAGGACGAAGCCGAGGACGAUGAGUAA